AUGCUGGUGACCUAUUUGAAAGCCAGCCGGGACCUUUGCGAGACGUACUCAAUUCUUUUUGGAGCCGCACUGGCAGUAUGCCGUAUUAUUGGCGCCAAACUUCCCAUGGCUGGACGUGCUACUCGACAAAGUAGCGCCAUCCCAGCCAUGGCGUUUGUUGGGACAAAAAUUAGUUUGUCCCAGCCGGAUAUCACGCAGAUAAUAACGGAGCGCGUAGAUGACCUGAAGCAAAAAAUCGCUACUUGGGGGAAGCGGAUUCGACGAUUUAGCGAGAGGUCAAGGUGGUUCAACCAGAAUCGUCUCUUCCAGAGUGAUGAGAAGGGGCUCUAUAAAUCAUUGGAGCGACCAGAGGUAUGUAAAACGGGCUCAAGACCGGAUCAGGCUGACACUGUCACAUUUUGGCGAGGCUUGUGGUCAGAGCCCGUAAACCACAGCGAGGGCCCUUGGAUGGAAGUUGUGGCAAGCCAGAGUGGGAGUGUUACGCCUAUGGACCCCGUCACUAUAACGUUGGAAGACGUAGCUGAGGCAGUUUAUAGGGCCCCGAACUAG